AUGGACGUGUGGGGCCCAGCCCGCGUCCAGGGACAGGGCCACGAGCGGUAUGUCCUGCUGGUUGUCGACGACUAUACGCGUUACACCACGGUCUUCCCCUUGCACAGCAAGGGGGAGGUCCCUGAUGUCUUGAUCCCUUGGAUCCGCGCUGUCCAUCUCCAGCUCCGCGAGCAGUUCCGCACGGACCUUCCUGUCUUGCGUCUGCACUCUGAUAGAGGUGGUGAGUUCUCCUCCGACCUCUUGCGGGACUUCUGUCAAGAGGAGGGCAUCCUCCAGUCGUUCACACUUCCGGCCUCUCCGCAACAGAAUGGGGUUGCUGAGCGCCGCAUUGGCUUAGUCAUGGAGGUCGCUCGUACCUCCAUGAUCCAUGCGGCCGCUCCCCAUUUUCUGUGGCCGUUUGCGGUCCGCUACGCUGCGCAUCAGCUCAACCUCUGGCCCCGUGUCUCCAUGCCGGAGACCUCGCCCACACUGCGUUGGACGGAGAAGGCACCUGGCUUGCAGUUUUACCACCCCACCUCGCGCCGUGUUCUGUCCUCUCAGGACAUCACGUUAGACGAGUUGGUUCCCUUUUACCGUCUCUUCCCCUGCCGCACUGCCCCCCCCCCCCCCCCCCCCCCGCCCACCGCCACUCUUCCUCGCUCCAGGUCCCCCUCCGGUAGACCCCCUCCCCCUUCAGGGUCCUGCUCCUUCAGCCUGAGCGUGCGGAGCCUAGGGGUGCUGAGCCUGGAGGUGCUGAGCCUGGGGGUGCUGAGCCUGAGCGUGUGGAGCCUGGGGUUGCUGAUCCUAAGUGUGCGGAGCCUGGGGGUGCUGAGCCUGCGGGUGCGGAGCCUAGUGUUGCUGAGUCUGGGGGUGCUGCGCCUAGGGGUACUGCUUCUCCACUCCGGGAGCCUCUCUCGCCGCGCGAGUGGUACGCUCAGCAGCUCCGCCUUCGGAGUGUCGCUGCUGGAGAGGGAGGCCCUGGAGCUGCUAGUCCUGGAGGUGCUGGAGGUACUGCUGGAGGUGCUGGAGGUACUGGAGGAGCUGGAGCUGUUAGUCCUGGAGGUGCUCGUACUGGAGGUACUGGAGCUGCCGGAGCUGGUGGUGCUGCCAGUACUGGUGGUGCUGGUGGUGCUGGCACUGCUGGUCCCGGAGGUGCUUGUACUGGAGGUACUGGAGGUGCUCUCUCACCACAGCAGCUGCGCGAGUGGUACGCUCAGCACUGCCGCCUUCAGAGUGGCGUUGCUGGAGCUAGAGGCAUUGCGGCUGGAGACGCUGGAGCUGGAGGUACCGGAGGAGCUGGAGCUGCUGGUCCUGGGUGUGCUCGUACCGGAUGUACUUGAGCUGCCGGGGCUGGUGGUGCUGCUGAUGCUGGAGGUGUGGGUGGUGCUGGCAAUGCUAGUCCCAGAGGUGCUCGUACUGGGGGUGCUGGAGCUACUAGUCCUGGAGACCCUGGAGCUGGAGGCGCUGGCGCUGGAGGUGCUGGGGCUGGCAGCCCUGGAGCUGGAGAUGCUAGUCCUGGAAGUGCUUGUAGUGGAGGUACUGGAGCUGCCGGAGCUGGUGGUGCUGCUGGUGCUGGAGGUGCUGGUGGUACUGGCACUGCUGGUCCCGGAGGUGCUCGCCCUGGAGGUGCUGGAGCUGCCGGAGCUGGUGGUGCUGCGGGCUCUGGAGCUGGAGGCGCUGGCGCUGGAGGCACUGGAGCUGGAGGCGCUGGAGCUGGAGACACUGGAGCUGGAGGCACUGGAGCUGGAGGUACUGGAGCUGGAGGCGCUGGAGCUAGAGGCGCUGGCGCUGGAGGUUCUGGAGAUACUGGAGGCGCUGGAGCUGCUGGUACUCGUACUGGAGGUGCUGGUGCUGGUGGUACUGGUGCUGGUGGUACUGCACAGCCGUGACUGUUCUUCGCUCCACCAUCACCGUCGUCUCUACCACCGCCUAACUCAGUACUUGGUUCUUAGCCUUCCGUCUUCUACUGGCCUCCCGUUACAGCCAGGCUCCCCACUGCCUGCUCCUUCUCCUUACAUUAAGCAGACAGUCUCGCUUACAGAGCGUUGUGAGCCUGCGUCUCGUCCUGCCUCGCCUGUUCGCGCUGUUCGCACUGGUCGUCGUGUUCCUCGUCAGUGUCCUUCUCCUGUCCUUGGUACUCACACUAUGACACUUCGUCCUUCCUCUGUUCCACAGCGUGUCCCUCUGCCGUCUCCUCCUGAGUCCUCUCUUCCGCACGUUCCAGACAUUGAGUCUGACCUGGUUUGUGCUGCCAGCCCUUCUGUCAUGUCUCCUAGCCACUGUUGUCACAGACCCUUAGUCCACUGGUUUGAGUCCACUGCUGCGUCUGCCUUAGUCGCUGAGCUUGUUGACUUUGUUGCUGCUUCUCGUCUCGACUACGCCUCUAGACUUGUUGCUGAGUCUGAGUCUGUCUGUCCUCCGUCCGUCGGGGGUGAGUGUGCUCUUGGCACGGACGUCCUUGAGGAUAGGCAGGAGGACUUUGAGUGUCUUGCAGCCGCUGUACCUCAUCUCGUGACCACGCUGCUUGCCCCUGAGGGAGACCCGGAUGCACCAGACAUCCCGAACCCGCGCUCUUACGCAGAGGCGAUUUCGGGUCCCUAA